UGUUAGAUUAAAUAUACAUUGUUAUUGAUGAUUUAAUAGUAUCAGCAGCCACAGUUGACUUUGAAAAAACGAUUUCUUCUUCAAGAUUAUGUCAAGUUGACAACAUGGUAGACUUGAAUGGUAGACUUAGAUGAUUCGUAUAUUACAUAAUUCACAUAUAUGUAUUACUUAUAUAGACUUGCAAGAGGCAGCUCAUCUCCAGGAAACACAGUUUGAUAAAUCUGAGUUGAUCAUUUCUGCAAAUCUUGAAAAGUUGAGCAUUUUUCACAAGACCAAACAUGGUGAAAGUGUUUGCAGUAGCCAAGCCUCUGCUCAAUCUCCAAAUGAAAUGCUACGGCAUGACAUCCCAGAUCAUUGAAAUAGAACCAGGAACCAAGAUCAAGAUGUUAGUGCCCACUGCACUUACUAAAAACAAUCCCAAGGUGACCAGCAAGCCUGCUGUGAUGUUUCUACAAGGUUUCGCCACUGAUGGAACCUUCUCAUGGCUUUCCCAAGUCACUGCUUUCGCCAGUGAGUACUCUGUUUUCGUGCCUGACCUGCUUUUCUUUGGUGGCUCCAUGACCGAUAAGCCGGACAGAUCACUUGAGUUUCAGGCUGAGUGUUUGGUCAAGGCCUUGAGGAAAUUUGGGGUGGAGAAGUGUAGUGUUGUUGGGCUGAGCUAUGGAGCUACUGUUGGGUUUAAAAUGGCUAAAUUGUACCCUGAUUUGGUUGAUUGUGUUGUGGCUAGUGGGACUGUGGUGGACUUGACUGAGUCGACUUCAGAAGCGUGUUUGAAGAGGAUGGGGUAUUCGAGCUGGUCGGAGUUUUUGAUGCCUGAGUCUGUUAAGGAUCUGAAAGCGUUUCUGGCAAUGACUAAUCAUAAGCCCCCGUCGAUGCCUGAUUUUGUGGCCAAGGACUUUAUCAAGGAAUUCAUGGUUAACAGAAAGGAGAGAACUGAACUUUUACAGGCUUGGGUGGUUAGUGACAAUGAAGCUGUCCCUUGCAACUACAGCCAGAAAAUCCAUCUGCUAUGGGGUGAAGAUGACAAGGUUUUUAACUCAGAAAUUGCUGAAAACAUAAAACAGAAGUUAGGCGGUGAAGCUACUCUGGAAUUUGUAAAAGAGGCAGGCCACCUUGUUCAGAGCGAUCAGGCCACAGAGUACAACAAUCGCGUCAAGAAAAUACUUUCUUCCUUGCAAAAAGCUUAAAUGACAUGAACGACUUCACUUUCAUUAAACUUUAUCAUGACGUUAUUCUGACUUCAUUUCUGCUUAAAUUUGUUGAUGUGUAAUAUACUUGUAUGUAGAUUACAGACUCAACCUGCUUUCUGAUAUAUUCACAGUUUUUACACAUUUCACUUGCUUCUGACAUCA